GCCAUCUUGAGUUUAGGUGUAUAUAUAUAGUUAUGUAAAGAUGAAUAGCACGCAUAUAUUUUCUGAAACUUAAGAUUAUAGAAGAGUAUUUAAGGUGGUAAGAAAGAAAAAUGUGGAGACUGAAGCUUUCUGAAGGAGGUGAAGAUCCAUGGAUUACGAGCACGAAUAACAAUGCCGGAAGGCAGUUUUGGGAAUUUGAUCGAAUACCAGGAACACCCGAAGAAGAAGCUCAGGUAGAAAAAGCUCGUGAUUGUUUUCGGAGUCGCCGUUAUCAUAUCAAACAAAGUUCUGAUGCCCUAAUGGGAAUUCAGUUUAAGAAGAAGAAGAAGAAUUGUGGUGAGUUGGAUAUGGAGCAGGUGAAGGUAGCAAGUGAAGAAGAAAUUAAAAGUGAAGAAACAGUGGUGAAGGCAUUGACAAGGGCUCUCAGAUUCUACUCAACUCUUCAGGCUGAGGAUGGACACUGGCCUGGUGAUUAUUCUGGACCUUUGUUUCUUCUCCCAGGCUUGGUGAUAGCUUUGACUGUAAUGGGUGCUGUAAAAAGCAUCAUCUCGGACGAGCAUAAGAAAGAGAUACUUCGUUAUCUCUAUAACCAUCAGAAUAUUGAUGGAGGGUGGGGAUUGCAUACAGAAGCACGCAGCAGCAUGUUUUCCACAACAUUGAAUUAUGUUGCCUUAAGGCUUCUAGGUCAAGAAAUGGACGGUGGAGAUGGAGCCAUGCAUAAAGCAAGAACAUGGAUUCUCGUUCAUGGUGGUGCUACCUUUGUUUCUUCAUGGGGAAAGUGCUGGCUUUCGGUUCUUGGCGUGUAUGAAUGGGAAGGCAGCAACCCUCUACCACCGGAGCUGUGGCUCCUUCCGUACUUUGUUCCCGUUCAUCCAGGGCGUAUGUGGUGUCAAACUCGGCUGGUGUACUUGCCCAUGUCGUAUUUAUACGGGAAGAGAUUUGUAGGGCCAAUCAAUGGCCUUAUCCUAUCUCUUCGUAAAGAACUUUAUACUCAAUCUUACCAUAUGAUUGACUGGAAUUUGGCCAGAAACCAAUGUUCUAAGGAGGAUGUAUAUUUCCCACGUCCACUUUUACAAGAGAUUAUAUGGAAUUGUUUGCACAAGUUUGGAGAACCACUCGCAAUGCAGUGGCCUUUCUGUAAGCUAAGGAAUACAGCACUUACCACUGUCAUCAAACAUAUCCAUAAUGAAGAUGUAACCACUAAUUAUCUCUGUGCCGGACCCGUAAAUAAGGUACUGAACAUGCUAUGCUGCUGGAUAGACGAUCCGGAAUCUGUGGCCGUCAAACGACAUCUCUCAAGAAUAAAGGAUUACUUAUGGGUUGCUGAAGAUGGGCUGAAGAUGAAGGGAUACAAUGGGAGUCAGUUGUGGGAUACAGCAUUGGCUGUUCGAGGAAUAGUUGGAACCAACCUUCCUCAAGAAUAUGGUUUCAUGCUUAAAAGGGCACAUGAGUUCAUCAAAAUAUCACAAAUUACAAGCGAUAGUUCGGGUUCCCGGUAUCGCCACAGCUCUAAAGGCGGGUGGCCGUUUUCUACCGCAGACCAUGGCUGGCCAGUUUCAGAUUGUACAGCCGAAGGCCUUAAGGCAGCAAUUAUGUUAUCAGAGCUGCCAUCAGAGAUUGCUGGACAAGCAUUAGAGCAGAAUAAGCUACACGACGCAGUAGAUUUGAUUUUAUCCCUUCAGAAUAGUAGUGGAGGGUUUGCAACAUACGAGCUCACACGAUCGUACGCUUGGAUUGAGGUAAUGAAAUGAAUCGAAACAUGUAGUCAUACAUACAGAGUGUUUAAUUUACAGAAAGAAGAAAUUAAAUAAUAAUAACUAUAGUAAUUGUUUUAUGAUAUUAACAGAGUGUACUUAUAUUGACGAACAGGUGAUUAAUCCAUCAGAAACAUUCGGGAACAUAGUUAUCGACUACCAGUACGUAGAAUGCACAUCUUCAGCAAUUCAAGGUCUGAAACAAUUCAACAAAAUUUAUCCCAAUUAUCGGAGAAAAGAAAUAGAGGCAUGCAUUGACAAGGCACUUCAAUUCAUUGAAAGCAUACAGUUAUCUGAUGGCUCUUGGCAAGUCUCUUUCCUUCUUUUUUUACUGGAUAAUAUAUAAAUAUAUAAUACUUUCAUUUGAAAAUAACUCCCUUAAUUAUUUAAUUUAUUUUAUUAAUAUAUAUAGGUAUGGAUCUUGGGGAAUAUGCUACACCUACGGGACAUGGUUCGGGAUAACAGGGCUAGUCGCAGGUGGUAAGACAUACGAAAACAGCUUAUCUGUAAGAAAAGCUUGCGAUUUUCUGCUAUCCAAACAGCUCCCCUGUGGUGGCUGGGGAGAAAGUUAUCUUUCAAGCCAAGACAAGGUAUAAAUUAUUUUAUAUUUCAAAAUUAUAUACUGAGCGCGUACGCGUGUUAUUUAAUUUAGAUAUGACGAAAAUGACGACGUAGAAAUUUUACGAGCUAGUUUGAAUAUUGAUUACAACAGGUAUACACAAACAUUGCGAAAGACAAGUCGCACAAUGUAAACACGGGAUGGGCUAUGCUGGCGCUUAUUGAAGCUGGACAAGUAAGUGAUAUUUAUUCUUUAGGAUAAACAUGGUUGGUGAGGGACUUAUUCGUAAAAAAACCCUUAAUGUAUAGGGAAGUCGGGAUCCGGGCCCACUGCACCGUGCUGCUAAAGUGCUGAUUAAUUCCCAAACAGAGAACGGCGGUUUCCCACAACAGGUUUCAUAAAUUAUUUCGAAAUGACGAGUUUGUGAAAGUUGUGCAUAUUUAUUUUAUGAUAUUAAUUUGGCAGGAAAUUAUCAGCACGUUCGUCAGCAUAAACAGUUUGAUAAGUUGCACCGCUUACAGAAACAUUUUCCCCAUAUGGGCACUUGGAGCUUACCUCAACAAGGUCUUGAAAGCGUGAAAAGCACAGCCAAUGUUAUGCAUAUCAAAUCAAGAGUGGUGAAACAAAAUUCUAGUAUAUAUAAUAUU